AGCAGCCGCGGCGUAGGACGGGACGGGAGUCCGGCGCCGGAGGAGGAGAGCGCAUGGAGAGACCGGCCGCCCGGCAGCUCCUGCUGGGGCUUUGGGUCGCCUGCUCCGCCUUGAGCGGCGUCAGAGGUGAUUUCUGUGAUGUAAAUCAGUGCCAGAAUGGAGGGACUUGUCUGAAGAGUCUGGAUCAAUCUCCUUUCUUCUGCCUCUGUGCAGAAGGCUUUACUGGGCCUACCUGCAAUGAAACUGAGAAAGGUCCCUGCGAUCCCAAUCCGUGCAAGAAUAAGGGGGAAUGCAGGUUGCUUCCCAAUCGGGGUGAUGCCUUCAGCGAAUACCUGUGCAUCUGUCAUGCUGGGUACAGUGGCAAACACUGCCAGUACAAUGUGAAUGAAUGCCUUUUCCAGCCCUGCAAGAACGGGGGGACCUGCCUGGAUCUGAGGGGCAACUUUGACUGUAAAUGCCCCUCGCCCUAUGUGGGGAAGACCUGCCAGAUACGCUGUAAAGAUGAGUUGGGCAUGCAGACGAGAGCUAUUGCAGACACUCAGCUUACAGCAUCAUCGAUAUAUCAUGGCCUUAUGAGUAUGCAACGCUGGACCCCUGAACUUGCUCGCCUCCAGAACAGCGGAAUUGUGAAUGCCUGGAGAGCCAGCACCGAGGACAAAAAACCUUGGAUUCAGAUCAAUCUGUUGAAAAAAAUGUUCCUCUCUGGGAUCGUUACUCAAGGGGCAGGCCGUCUAGGAGCAUCAGAGUUUGUUCGGUCUUACAAAGUUUCCUACAGUCUAGAUGGACGAGUAUUUGAAUUCUACAAAGAUGAGAAUCAAAACCAUGAAAAGAUUUUCUUAGGCAAUACAGACCGAUAUGCUGCAGUGACCAACAUGUUUAAUUCUCCAGUCAUCGCCCAGUAUUUCCGAAUCCACCCAGUAACGUUCGAGGGUGGCUACACUCUGCGGUUUGAACUGAUUGGCUGUGAAAUGAAUGGUUGCUCCGAUCCUCUGGGCGUGAAGUCCCAUCGCGUCUCUGACCGGCAGAUCACAGCCUCCAGCGUGUACAAGACCUGGGGUUUUAGUAGUAUGACUUGGCACCCUUACUAUGCCCGCCUUGAUAACACUGGGAAAUCCAAUGCCUGGACUGCCCUCAGGAACGUGCCAGGCGAGUGGCUUCAGAUUGAUCUUCUGAAAGUGAAAAAAGUGUCUGGGAUCAUAACACAGGGAGCACGAGAUUUUGGGCACAUUCAGUACGUAGCAGCCUACAAAGUGGCCUACAGCAAUGAUGGGAAAUCCUGGACUGUCUACCACGACGAUAAGACAAACAGCAUCAAGCUAUUCCAAGGCAACCACGACAACAAUUCUCACAAGAAGAACAUGUUUGAUGUGCCAUUUCACGCCCGCUUCGUCCGCAUCUUACCUGAGGCUUGGCACAACCGCAUCACAUUGCGAGUGGAACUUCUGGGAUGCGAUGAGUAGGCGGUUGACCGAAGGGGGGAUGGUGUCAAAAAUCGGACAGCUCCACAUCUCCCCAAGGAUGCUUUCC